AUGCCGACUUUCAACAGAGCCCACUCGGGCAUCCCACUGCUCCUGGAAGAGCGGAAACGAGACGAUGCCAACUACCGCACGAGCACCGAAGAGGGCCACGGCCUCAUGGGCGAACGAACAUUAUCGCAGGAGGAGGAUCAUGAGGACAAUGAAGUGCCCGGCUACGACUCCGACGGUGCUACUCUCUCCGCCAUGGAGAGGAAAUACCGGAUGGUGGACACGGAGAUCGACUCUCAGGGAAUGGGGCGCUACCAAUGGAUCGUGUGGUCGUUGUGUGGUCUCGGAUACCUGCUGGAUUUACUGUGGUCGCAGGCGUUUGGCCUGGUGUUGGGUCCCCUGCAACAAGAAAUGGGCUUCUCAGACGAGGUUUCGGGCAGCAUAUCCGUGGCUUUCUCCACAGGUUUGACUGCGGGGGCCUUUUUCUGGGGUAUCAUGGGGGACGUGAUCGGAAGGAGAUGGGUCUUCAACUUGACCUGUAUGUUCAGCGGCGCCUUUGGUCUCGGACUUGGGUUCGUCACCGCCUACUGGCAAUUCCUGGCGCUGGUCGUCGUUAUUGGCUUCGGUAUUGGCGGAAACAUACCUGUCGACACCACUAUCUGCUUGGAAUUUCUGCCUUCGAACCGACGCUUCCUCCUGGCUCUGCUGUCCAUCUUCCAACCUAUUGGUGUCGUUGGCACUAGCGCGAUAGCCUACGCGUUCGUACCUUCGCACUCUUGCUCCCCAGACUUCAGCCGAGCCGAUGCUUUGCCGUCCUGCAAGAAUGUCGCCGAAGACGUGGCCUGUUGUAGCUCAGCUCAGAACAUGGGCUGGAGAUAUGUCCUAUACACCAUCGGAGGAGUCAAUGUCCUGGUCUUCAUUCUUCGAUGCUGUGUCAUCAAGGUUCAAGAAUCUCCCAAAUUCCUGCUGAGUCAAGGAAAUGAUGAAGCAGCAAUCCGAGUCUUGCAGGCCGUGGCAAGGAAGAAUGGCAAAGAGUGCACUCUCCGACUCCGCGACUUCGAGCGUGCAGAUGCUGAAGACGAAUCCGAUGCCGUCUAUGUUAAGAACAGAAUGGAACUCACGGAUAAGAACUACUGGAAAGGUGAAGUCAAGAAGGAACUCGGGAAGUACAAGAAGCUCUUCGAUGGCAAAGAAAUGUUCUUCAUCACGAUUCUCGUCUGGCUGACAUAUAUCUGCGAUUUCUUCGGUUUCACCCUGGCAGGCUACUACUUCCCCAAGAUCAUCGCCAUCAAGAAUAGCGAAAUCGACGUCUCAUUGGAACAAACUUAUCGCAAUUACGUCGCGAUCUAUUCGCCUGGAAUCGUCGGCGUCGUCCUCGGAGCUAUGAUGACUCGCAUGGCGGGUUUGGGGAAGAAAUGGACUAUGACCAUUUCUUCUGGCUUGAUGGGUUUGUCGAUUAUCUUUUUCAGCAUGACGAAUUCACCUGCCUCGAACAUUGGCCUAAACGCCAUGGAAUACUUCUUCCAAAGCAUGUUCAACGCUGUGCUAUACGGUUUCACGCCUGAGGUCUUCCCGGCGGAAAUUCGAGGGACAGCCACUGGAUUGGCCACAACAUGGGGCAGACUCUUUUCGAUUCUGGCGCCCAUCAUCGCACAGUCUAUGCAGAAAGAAGAAGGUCUGAAGGAUCCUGAGACGGUCAAGAAAUUCUUGUACAUGGCAGGUGGGAUCACGUUGGGCUGUGUGUUUACCACAGGUCUCUUGCCUUCUAAGCUGAAGAAGCGAUGAUGAGCGCUUGCGCUUGUUUUGAUGAGAGUGAGGAUGCGGAAGAUCUGUGAUACCCCCUCUUGGUUACAUGAUUGACGUUGAUGCUGAUGAGAUACGAGAUGAGUUACGAUGCAGCAUCUUUAUCAUGGGGGUCUUUUGCUAUUGGCUUUUUGUUUUGAUCUGGGUUUUCUAGCGCUGCAUAGAAGAAGAAACAACAGCAUACACGAGCGGAUGGGAUAUGAUGAGUGGGGGACAUAGAAAGAAAGGAAGCGCUCAUCUGUGGUGGCUCCUCGGUGGAUGGCCUCGGAAUGCAUACUUCGAUAGGUUGGGAGCGUUGCAUUUUGGUAUUUUGGCAUAGCAGACCAAUAGCGCAAAGUGCGAAACUCGUUGCGAACACGCCGC